AUGGGUUCCAUAUUCGCUCAACAAGCUCCCUUCAUGCCUAUCGUCAUCAACUUCGUUGUCGGUGUUCAGUCUGUCACCCCCGACACAAGUCUCACUACGCUUCUCGUCUACCUAGAGCACCUGGCGCGUGCUGAGCGCAACGAGGCGAAGCUGCACGACGUUCGUUGCCCUCGAAAGGCUUUACUAUACCCUUGCCUCGACGUCGUGCUCAAAGCACUAGCAAACCGCGUCGCUCAGCAGCCCCAGGCAUGGAGAUACUUGCUUCCGGCAGCUAUGAGGCUGUUUCAGUUAUAUCAACUGCCGGCCACCGAACCCCGAACGACGACUCCCCGCAAGCACGAAACGACAUUCGACACGGUCGAGGAUUUCUUGUCCGCUAUGAUCCCUAUGGACCAAAUGGCAGAGGCUGUCGGAAGGUCGAACAACCCUCAGCACAUCGCCGACGCGCGACAAGCGAUAGCAGAAUUUGCCACCGAGGUUCUUCAGAUGAUCUCGUACCACCAAGCGUUCUCCCGUACUGCAGCCACCGUCUGGUUCCAGAAGACCAGGCGCACCGCAGCCAGACAUUGGCUCCGUAUCGUCUACUCUCUCCUGGAUGAGAGAUUCGGUUUGGAGACAUACCACCCUCCGCUCAGUGUCCUCUGCCUGGCGGAGCGGUCUGUUCCCGGCUUCGACGGAAUGAUCCAGCAGCACUCGUUCGCGCUCUCGCUCUUCUUCCCUGGAGGUCUCAUGCAGGCGCCUCUCCCUAGGUCAGAACUGGACGCGCUCGUUCGUGACUUGCCGAUAAACCAACUGUUUGCGCUGCGGCCCGUCAGCGACAUCUGGCCCGAUCGCUCUCAUAGCUGCGCGCACUGCGGUCAAGACUUGACCGCAUUGCCAAAGCGUCGUGCUUGUAAGGGCUGUAAGCGCCCAGCUUAUUGCAACGAGCGUUGCCAGAAAGGCGACUGGCAAAAUAAGCAUUCCGGCGUUUGUAAAUUGUGGGCGUCUGUGGACGAGCGAAUGUCGCAGGACAAUGUGAAGAACUGCAUCGCUGACAUCGCCCAUUGGUCGAGGGUAGAAGAGUUGUUACAGUCUUCCCCUCACCUGGACGGAGAGAAGGUGCAGCGAGUUAUGGAGGUCAUCCGCGACUCAAGGAUCGUUUUGUGCUCACGGCCUGAGCGCGUCGCGGAGAACUCGCGUAAACUUUUCGCGCUUCUAGAGGAGCUGCAUGUGUAG